UUUAGCAGGGUGGCCAGAUUUUCAAAAUACAAAACUGGGACAUCUCUGGUUUAGGUUGUUUGGUAAUAAUAAUAAUAAUAAAAAUGUGAAAUGAGUGCGUAAUUGUUAUGCACACGGCACUAAUGUGAGUCAGUAUAGUCACGUUUUCUUUGUGUUUUGGUGAUUUUUAAGCAGAUUUUCGGUAUUUUACCUAAACAAAUAACAAUCUAUGCCUUUCUUUACUGUUGGCAAAUAUCAGAUUGAUGAAAAAUAGGGGCAUCUGGGACAUUUCUGGGCUAAAUCUACUGGGACUACCCAGGGCUCAAAAAUGAGACUGUCCUGGGUUAAAUACAGAUGUUUGGUCACCCCACUUUUUGGUAAAGUUUUUAGCUGCUUAUACGAAGUCAAAACGUGCAAUUUUGUUGUAUGAUGAAGUCAAAUUUGAGAGUUAUCAGGACAUCGCAGAAUACUUAUAUCUAAAGGAGAUGCCAUGAUAUUGAACAGAGACAGCCAGCUUGGGUUUUCAUCGGAGGAGCGAGGGAUGACCCGGUGCAAUGGAAAAGAGAACCAGGAGCAGACGGACGAAGCGACAGAGAAAACAGGGACUGAAAAGAAGAAAAGUAAAGCAGAGAAGCAUGUGUCUUUCCCUCCCGAUGAGCAGAUUGUGUCGGGGUUUGCCGAGCUCCAACACAAAAAUGCUGACAGAUGCCUCACCUUGACGGAGGUAAUGGCGGCCUACCAACAGAGCUGCAGCAAGCAUCAAGUCCAACCCAAUGCACGUGUACUGGAGCUGCUGCAGCAGGGUGCUUGUGUAGGUGGCAGUGUGAAAUGCCUGGAUCUUAAAGGUGAGCGAUUAGAGCACCGCGCCUGUGAAGCUCUGGAAACCGUGCUCAAAUGGCUGCACUUUGAUUUCAUCAGUCUGCAGGCAGCCCAACUGGAAGAAAAUGGUGCAGCGUCCUUACUGGAUAUGAUUUUGUACUACGAAUCUACAACCCAUCUUGACAUUUCUGACAACAGCGCCAUGGCGACGUCGGGUUGGAGGGCCCUGGCUCAUUUAAUAAAGCAGAGCACUCGUCUGUCCAGGUUGGAUGUGUGUAACGUGGCCCUGGUGGACUACCCCUCCCAGUCCCUGUGUAAAGCCCUCGCGUCCAGCCGUCUCUCAGCGCUGCACCUGGACAAUGCCAAGCUCUCCGGCCUCCCUCUCUUCACUCUGGUCACCGCCCUCAAAUCCAAUGGAAACCUCAAAGAACUUCACCUCAGUCACAACCAGCUCAACAGUUUCCAGGAUUCACUGCAGCUGGGAGACCUGCUGCGCUACAACUGCACGCUACGCACUCUCCAGCUUAGCCACAACUUCAUAUCUGAUGCCGGUUUGGAGGAACUCUGUGAUGGGUUGAAAUGGCAGGUGACCGGGCUCAAGGUUCUUCUUCUAAGAAACAACAAGAUCACUACAAAAGGCAUGCGGCACCUCGCCAAAGCACUGCCAGUGAUUCGAGGGCUCCAGGUUUUGGAUUUGGGGGAAAACCUUUUGGGAAACGAAGGAGUCCACAUCAUCAGAGAGCCCCUGAUGGCAAACUGCUCCCUACUACAGCUUGGCCUGGCUCAGACCGCCAUCACAUGUGAAGGUGCGGUGGCUCUGGCGGAGGUUCUGGCUGAGUCUCGUUUCCUCCAGACUCUGGACUUGAGUCAGAACCAGGUGAGACUCGGGGGUCUCAUGGCGCUGUGUCUGGCCCUGAGGAUCAACCGCUCCCUGGGCACCCUCCACGUGGACCAGCCUCCCCCAACAGAGCAGGACAAGCUUCUGAUGGAGACGCAGAUUAGCCUACGCUCCGAAAUCACCCAGCGCUGUCUUGCGAACGCGAGCAGCUCUGGCUUCUCAUCUAUCCCAGACUCACUCACUUCUACGGACAACACAGAUCACCACGACAACUCCCCAACCAGCUGAAAAAAAACCACAACAAAACAAAACAAAUCCUUUCAUAAAACCAAAAGUGAACAAACGGCUAACCUUGUAGACCACCUGAGAACGCCGCUCGCCACUCAGUCAUCGCCGCGGCAACACGGGACCCCCAACCCUAACAGCUGAUAGGAGAUAUAUGCGAAUAAUAAUUCUAUGGCAAAUAAUGAUAACCAUAAAACUCCAAAUCCCGG